AUGGCUGGGCAUAUUAUUAACGGAAAUUCUGCGACGAUUCCACGUGUCGGUGAUGAGGAAGAAGGCGUCGGACAGUUGGUUUUGGAUCUACAAGAGAAGGGAACGAACUUUGUGUUGUUGAAGAAGACACCACAGAUAUUGGAAUUGCAGACGAUUUUGAAGGAUAGAACCACAAAUCACUCUGAUUUCGUGUUCAACGCCGACCGUCUAAUGCGUCUCGUCAUCGAGGAGGGACUGAAUCAUCUACCAUUCACGGAGCACACGGUGACCACGCCCACCGGAUUCAGAUACGAAGGAAUACAAUUUAAUCGUGGCAAUUGUGGAGUCUCGUUGUGUCGAAGUGGAGAGGCGAUGGAGGUCUCACUGCGACAAUGUUGUCGGUGUAUUCGUAUUGGAAAGAUUUUGAUUGGUGACGAGCAGAAGGUGUUGUACGCCAGACUUCUUCCAGACAUCAAUUCGAGACGUGUCCUGUUAUUGUACCCGACGAUAGGCUCGGGAACCACCGUAUGCAAAGCGAUCGAAGUGCUCAAAGAGGCUCGUGUGCCGGAUGAGAACAUCUACCUCGUCGCUCUCUUCAUCUCACCGACCGGACUCAAAAAUAUAACCCGAAAGUAUCCAUAUAUCACUGUCGUCGCCUCCGACAUCACCUCUCUCUACCCGAAUCAUUUCUCCACUUCCUAUUUUGGAGCCGUCUAA